AUGACCGGUUCACUGCAGAUUGAGAAGAUUGUUCGUCCAAUGCGCUCCAUCGCGGUGUUCGGCUCCUCUACCACAGCGCGCAGUACCCCGGAGUGGGAACAGGCACGGCAUAUGGGUGCACUCGCGGCCCAGCACGGGUUCUCCGUCAUCACUGGUGGUUAUGGCGGCUCAAUGGAGGCUGUUAGCCAAGGCGCCAGAGAGACUAUACAACAACAAGGACAGAAGACGGAUCUGCCACCUCAAGUGAUUGGUGUAACAGCCUCAGUAGUGUUUCCACAUCGUAACCCUCGAGGGAACAAGUACCUCACACGACAAAUAGACGCCAGUAGUAUCAUGGAAAGAAUUCAGCAUGUCAUAUCCAUGUCACGAUACUUCGUUGUGUUGCCUGGAUCAUUAGGUUCAUUGCAAGAGCUUAUCUGCAUAUGGAUAUUGAGUUUGUUGCAGAGAGAAGGGAUCCCCAAACCUGUCAUUAUCGCAUUCCGUGACCCCUGGGAAAAGUGUAUACUUGAUGUGUGCCGUACGCUCAACGUUGCUGAUACCACGUUGCAGCUGUUGCACUUUGUGAACUCAACGAAAGAGGCAAUGCAGUUAAUUUUGGAGGAUACUAUGAGUCACUCUUUCUUGUAA